AUGAAAGAGCUGGGUCAACAGAAGUUGGUACCUUGCUACAAGGCAAAGCAGAACCAGAAUGCUGUGGCCAUGAUGACAAAAAUGAAGGCUGAUCUCAGGAAGGCAAUAGAGGAAACACCAAAGAAUCCAAAAUAUAUCCUGGGGAUUAAACAAAACCUAGAACAGAUUAAAGAAGAGUACUUCGUCACAGCCAAGGAUUCCGAAUUACAAGAAUUGGAAGAUUCGGUAGAAGAAUUAGAAGAACAGUGCGAAAGACUAGAGAAUGAUAACUUAGAAAAAAUAAUGGAACGAUUUUGGCAAGUCGAAACAUUAUAUGAAAAUCAAUUUUCUUUAAGUGAAGAUUCAAUUUAUUGUGAGAAAUAUUUCAAGCAAACAUACAAACGCAAUGAGGAAGGUAGAUAUAUUGUGGAAAUGCCAAUAAAGGAGAAUCCCUCUGUGUUAGGUGAAUCAAAACAAAUAGCGCGAAAUCGUUUAGACAGUUUAAUUAAAAGGUUAAACAAAAACCCGCAAAAGAAAAAGCUCUAUUCUGAAUUCAUUGAGGAAUAUGAAGCUCUUGGUCACAUGGAAAGAGUAAUGGAAGAUGAAUUACCAGAAAUCAAUUAUUUUUUACCUCAUCAUGGAGUCUACUGGGAAGGAUCUACAAGCACCCCCCUAAGAGAAGUUUUCCAUGCUAGCUCCCCUAGCUCUAAUGGAGUUUCAUUAAAUGAUUUAUUGUGUAAAGGUGAUGUUGUUGAGGACAUUUUUGAAUUAAUAUUAAGGUUCAGGACACACAAGUUUGCCUUUACAUUUGACAUUCAAAAGAUGUUUCGUCAGAUUUCAGUUGUGUCACAUCAAAGAGACUAUUUACGAAUUUUAUGGUUUGAUGAAAACUCCCAUCAAGAAGUAACAUUUAGAUUAAAAACUGUGUCAUAUGGCACUUCAUGUGCACCUCAUCUUGCCAUACGCACCAUUAAACAAUUAGCUUUAGAUGAGGGUCGGACUUUCCGUUAUCAUCGGAAAUGGUUUUACGCGACCUUUACAUGGAUGAUGGGAUUACAGGCGCCCCGGAUAUCCAAACUGCUCAAAUUCUACAACAACAGCUGA